GUGCAAACAGUCCCCCGGACAAAAUGUUAUGGGGAGGGGGGGAAUUAAAAAAAAAAAGGCUUAAUCUUUUUUCUUUCGUUAUUUCUACAUAAUAAAAUGGCUCAACAAGCAAAGCAAGCCGCCCAAAAGUUAGGAGGUAUGUUUCCUCAAGGUGCCGGUAAAGGUCUCGGUGGUGCUGUAGGUGCCAUUGCUAUCCUUGGUGCUUUAGGUUAUGGUGUCAAUGCUUCUCUUUUCAACGUUGACGGUGGUCAUAGAGCUAUCAAGUACACCCGUCUCUUUGGUGUCCAAGAUACUGUUUACAACGAAGGUACUCAUUUCAUGAUUCCCUGGUUCGAGACCCCCGUCGUUUAUGAUGUCCGUGCAAAGCCUCGUAACGUUGCUUCCUUAACCGGUACCAAAGAUUUGCAAAUGGUCAACAUUACCUGUCGUGUACUUUCAAAGCCUCGCGUUGAUCAACUCGCCACUGUGUACCGUACAUUGGGCCAAGAUUACGAUGAACGUAUUUUACCUUCUGUCGUGAACGAAGUGCUCAAGUCUGUUGUUGCACAAUUCACUGCCUCUCAAUUGAUUACACAACGUGAGCGUGUCUCUCGUCUUGUUCGUGAGAACUUGGUUCGUCGUGCCUUGCGAUUCAACAUUAUUUUGGACGAUGUCUCUAUUACUCACGUUGGUUUCUCACCCGUGUUCGAAAGUGCUGUUGAAGCUAAACAAAUUGCUCAACAAGAUGCUCAACGUGCAGCAUUCAUUGUCGAUAAGGCUCGUCAAGAAAAGCAAUCCAUUAUCGUCCGUGCUGAAGGUGAGGCCAAAUCCGCUACCUUGAUUGGUGAGGCCAUCGAGAACAAGCCUGGUUUCCUCGAGUUGAAGCGUAUUGAGGCUGCUCGUGAAAUCGCCGCUGUUAUUGCUCGUUCUGGUAACAAGGUGAUGCUUGAUUCAGAUACCUUGUUACUUAAUGUCAACACACCAAAGCAAAACUAAAAGAAGUCGAAUUAGAAGAUCCCAAUUUAUACAUACAAACUCACAUACACGGAAAUAAACACUUGUAAAAAAAAAAAAAAAAAAAAAAA